AUGGGCGCGUUAGAAAAGGAGAGGAGACGCACGGCCUAUGAGAGGGGCGGUGUGGGGCGGAGCCAAUGCGUACGGCGUGACGCCAUCCCGCUGCGACCGGCGCUAGCUGGGGCAGGUGGCUGCAUAGUAGUGGCUGAGGUGAGCUGGGGCUCCGGGGUGUUGCUGCUGGGGGAGGAGUUGCUGGGGACCCGAGGCACCCUCGCGGAUCAAAGCCCACACGUAAUGUCUGUAGUUCGUUCCUCCGUCCAUGCCAAAUGGGAUUGUGGGGAAGUAAUUGGGACAAAAAUGCAGAAGACUGCUAAAGUGAGAGUGACCAGGCUUGUUCUGGAUCCCCUACUUUUAUUAAAGUAUUUUAAUAAGCGGAAAACCUACUUUGCUCACGAUGCCCUUCAGCAGUGCACAGUUGGGGAUAUUGUGCUUCUCAGAGCUUUACCUGUUCCACGAGCAAAGCAUGUGAAACAUGAACUGGCCGAGAUCGUUUUCAAAGUUGGGAAAGUCAUAGAUCCAGUGACAGGAAAGCCCUGUGCAGGAACUGCCUACCUGGAGAGUCCGUUGCGUUCGGAAACCACCCAGCUAAGCAAAAAUCUGGAAGAACUCAAUAUCUCUUCAGCACAGUGAAGGGGGAGUGGAAGAAGGAGCUAAAGGGGAAAAUUGACAUGUUUAUGUUAUGGAAAAAGAAAUUUUUCUAAGUUUCAUCACAAACUGUGUCCAAUUUCUCUGUGGUGUUCGUGAAAUAGCUAAAAGCAAAUGAAGUAAAGGGCAUAUUAUGGUUUUUCAUAAAAGUU